GGCUCCCUAUUUAAGGUUCGUACAUGUGAGCAAAACAUAUGCAAAUGGUGAAGCAAAAUUAUUGUUGUCUGUUCUUGUAAACAUACAAAUAUGGCAGGAGAGAGGAAGAAGAGGAAGAUGGAGAGUGAAGAAGGUCAAGAAGAAGACGAAGAUGAUGAGAGGAAGAUGGAGAUGUUCUUUGCAUUGAUCAGAAGCACACGCGACGUGCGGGAUCGUCUCAAGGAGAAAAGCUCGUCGGAAGAUCAUGUGAAGAAAGUUGAGAAAGAUCAUCUGAAGGCAAUCUGGAAUCCAACUUUCCGACCGGAAGAUUUCAUGCAGCAGGAUCAUGACAAGUCUAAGAUGAUGAGUCCUCCUGGUCGUGAACCCCAACCAGGCCCUUCUAAACCAGAAAAAGAAGAAGAAGAAGAAGAUGAUCAUAAGGAAGUAGGAGGAAAUCCUGGAAAUGGUAUAGACCUAAAUCUUUCUUUGUAGAAGAUUCAAUUCAGCUAUCAUGGAAUAUUGGCCUGCCAUAUAUAUAUAUAUAUAAAUAUAUAUAGUUUUUGGGUGUUGCUUUCAGAAAGCAAAAGCAACACUUUAAUUGCUAUGUAAUUAAGCUCUAGUGCACAUCAUUUUCGGUGUCCUGUUCUGAAUCUGUCACUCACAUUCCCCCCCCCUGUUUGGCUUAAUUUUGUGUAAUGUAACAAAAUGAAAUGCCAUGUGCUUGAAUCCAUAGCUUCCAGAAGACAAAUUGAGUUUGGUUUCGUUUAACGACGGUAAUAAUAAUAAUAAAAGAUAGAG